AUGGCAUCAGACAAUGCACUUGAAUUUGAGGUUGUAACUCCAAAGGUCAAUCUAAUCACCGCCAAUGAAUACCAAAACACUGAUCUUUUUUGGGCUAUAAGAGGUGGGGGAGGAGGGACCUUCGGUGUAAUUGCCAGCGUCACGGCUACAGUGAAAGAGCUACAUGCAGCUUUACCUGAAUUGAGUGACAACGGCGCUGCAGGAUAUUACUUUAUUUCCCCUCAAAGCCCUUCUUUGUCUGACAUUGGCUCCAUAUCUACCAUCACUGUAGCUUUCAUGUUUGCUGACCAAGAAGACCAAGCAGCUGUUGAGCAUCUAUUACAACCGCUAGCCGCGGCCAUUGAAAAGCUCAAUAAUGCUACAAUCUCCACUUUCACCCUUGUCUCACCAAAUAACCAACAAUGUCAUUGA